GACAUGAAAAGGCAGAUUUGUUGUGGCACACAUUCUAAAUUUAGACCGACUUUUUUGCUUGCAGUGUAAAUUAUAUAACAAGCUCAGGCUUUGAGCCAAUUGCAGAGAUGUACAUUUCCAAGAAAAUGUAUGAAAGAUAAAGCAUUUUACUUAUAAAUGUUUCAAAAUAACUUUCAACUAGUGCCUGAUACGACUAAGCACGUAGAAUCUGUUAAAAAAAUAAUGUUGGAAAUUGUUAAUCUUUCAACAUCAAUAAUUGUCACGUCAGAUUUUUGAAAACAAAAAAAGAGAUGCUUGAGAAAUGUCUGAAUGCGUCUCAAUUAACUAAAUCUUCAAUAUCCUUAAACAAUUUAGAAAAAAUAAAAUCAUAGUGCAACGCGUCAAUUCUUUUUUUGAUCCCCAGAGCUUCUUCACAGAUGAGGACAUGAGCAUCUUAAAGAAGUUCAGGCUCUAUGUGGAGGACAACUGGAACAAGUGCGACAUGGUGGCCAUCUCGCUCUUUGUUGUUGGGGUUUCAUGCAGGAUGGUGGAUGGCACGUAUGAGGCAGGAAGAACAGUCCUCGCAAUAGACUUCAUGGUGUUUACUCUGCGUCUGAUCCACAUCUUUGCGAUUAAUAAGCAGCUAGGCCCAAAGAUCAUCAUUGUGGAAAGAAUGAUGAAGGAUGUUUUCUUCUUCCUCUUCUUCCUGACUGUUUGGAUGAUUGCAUACGGAGUUGCCACCCAGGCUCUCCUCCACCCCAAUGACCCUCGUAUUGACUGGGUGUUUCGCAGAGCCUUGUACCGUCCUUACCUGCACAUCUUUGGCCAGAUCCCCCUGGAGGAAAUAGACUCUGCUCGCAUGCCUGACAUGAACUGCACCAAUGACUCUGAAGAGAUUAUCCUGGGCCUACGGCCGCCAUGUCCCAACGUUUACGCCAACUGGCUGGUCAUCCUGCUGCUGGUUAUCUUCCUUCUUGUCACCAAUGUGCUGCUGAUGAACUUGCUCAUUGCCAUGUUCAGCUACACAUUUCAGGUGGUUCAGGGCAACACGGACAUCUUCUGGAAGUUCCAGAGAUACAACCUGAUUGUUGAAUACCACAGCCGUCCAGCACUGGCCCCACCCUUCAUCAUCAUCAGCCACCUCUCUCAAGGCCUCCUCAGCCUGAUCAAACGGCCCGAGUCCAAGCAGGAGCUUCUUGAGAGGGAGCUGCCGGCAGGGCUCGACCAGAGGCUGAUCACAUGGGAGACGGUUCAGAAAGAGAACUACUUGGCCAAACUCGAGCGGCAGCACUGGGAGAGCAGUGAGGAGAGACUCAAGAGCACCUCCUCCAAGGUUCAGAGCUUUGCUGAGGAU